UACUUAUGAAAGAAGGGAGUUGUGUUGCAGAAUGAUUAUAAUUCAUUUUACACAUCUUAUAUAAAGGUUUUCUGGGAAUAUCCGAAUGGCUACCUUUAACAAUAAAAAAAAAAUGAAAUAAAAAAUGAAAUAAAAACUACACCGGUGAAUUUAGCAAAUGUUUAUCGAAAGUAAAGACACAGUAACGGAAAACAAAGUUAAAAACUACAGAAAGUACCUCUUGGUUUAAAGAUAUACUUGCACAUAAAUGAUUAUGUUGAGUUCUCAGUAGAAAUAAAUUCUAAACCCUUUCUUUAGUCGCCUGGUCUAAGCUAAGUUAACGAUUACAUAGGCCUACGUCACUUGGCAUUUUCACGGGGAAAUGAUUUUUUAAAAGAGCUCGUGAUAACUCAAAAGGUUGCGACAUACUUCUGAGACAUAAAUUUCAGACAAUUCUAGAAAAUGUAACGAUUUAACAACUCAAACCCCGAGAGACCCCUUUGAUAAAUCGCCAUUGGCAGCGUUCCAGGGGAUUCUGCGUUCAGUACAUUUAAUACCUCAAAUUUAAUGAUCCGUCUGUUAUCCUAUUGGACAUCUUACAGGUAAUAUGUACCCUUUCUUCACUGCCGGAAUGACAUCAAAAUCUUACACCAGUACUGAAGAUCCCAGUUAUAGAUAAAGACGGCGAUAUAUUUCCUUGAAAUAGCUCGAGUGAAUUCAAAAUGCGUGAUUUCGAUACAUUUCCGGAAAUGCUGCCCAUCUAUUUAACGCACUACAGUCAAAUGUCUGCUCUUGAUAAAUUUUGAAAAACGACCGGAAUUUCCUUCUUCUUUCAUAACUUCAUAUUAUAACUUCUUUUAUAACUUCCAACCAAUAACAGUUUGGCAGAAGAAAAUCCUAAUUUCACCUCUAACACUCAGAUUUAUUUAAAUGUGUGCUUUUGAUUUAUCAUUAACUAAUUAAAAAAGUAUGUGACUACUUGGUGACAGUCACUUGAACCGAAGAGGUCAGUGACGGUUUUGUGGUCCGGAUAUUAUAUUUACAGUACAUUUCCUUAAUAUCAAAUACCUCAGAUGUAUAUCAAAUAGUUCAUCUAGAAAGUGUAGAAGAGUUACAAGCUGAUGAAGAUCUACUGUUACGAUUACGUCAAUGUUGAAAUAAUAUCUAGUCUACCAGCGGACAGCGAAUGCACCCAUACAGCGUCUACACUCCGAGUGUUUCUAGAAAACGAACAGCAAGCUUGCGUUUCCUGAACAGCUCGUUAAGCGUCUUCAAUGAGGCGUAGCGCAUUAAUACCAGAAUAAUUCCAGAGGUAAUUGACCAAAGUGUUGGCAUUAUUAUCGCUGAUGUGUGUGCCCAGAACACCAAGCCGAUACAAUAUCUUGUGCUUGUCUACUUAUUGUGUGCAACGUAAUUUCUCGUGCAUGAAGGCGCCGAUAAAGACCCUUUUACGCUUGACGUCAGCUGAGAUUAACAUCAGUAUAGCAGCGUUCAGCCCAUACUCCGGGCAGCUAAAAUUUCGAUGUGUACAUAUUUUUCCCUGCUAUAAAUUUCAGUUAACUUUCUGUGAUCAUUGGAAAAGCCGAGCUGCCUCUGCGCACACAGUAGCUGACUAAGUCAGUGGUGUGAGCGAAGGACGUGCAUUCAGUAGUUGACCUCAUAUCCGCGCGAGGUGGUGACGGCUGAUUGCCUCUCUACACUCAGGUGUAGAGACCCGUAACCUGCAUUCUCACAGCGUUCUCACACCGGGUAGCAAGCCAUCAGACAGAGCUCUGGAGGAAGACACGAUUUACGACUCCUUCACCUACGCAAUGGAACCUUGUCAUCACAAUGAGCGUGCAGCGGAAUAAAAGGGGGAUCGUGUGAUUAAAUAAAUAAAAAACAAUGACGGACCUCAAAGAUUUCUCGAGAGAGCGAAUGCUCAAUGACAACAAUCACACAGAAAACAACGUGGACGCGAAGCUCACUCAUAACGACAAGGACGUUAAGGUUGUGCGACCGAAGCGUAGUUGGCAAAAGCAUGGCUGCUACGUCAGUCGCUUACACAUACUUCUACUCAUCGUGGCAGGCGCUGUCGUGGUCAUAUCCACGGGUUUGUUGGCCGGACUGUUGGGAAGGCGGGCAGGGUGCGGAUACGGGGGCAGACCUGCCUCUGCAUCCAAUGCGUCUCAAUAUCCAGACGGUGACAGCGUCUCUGGUGCCGUGACAGCCAAGAAUUCUGGCCCCCCACAACCCUGGGAUACCAUAAGGUUACCUCGGAACAUUAUUCCUUACCAUUACACACUCCGACUACGAGUGGACCUAGACACGUUCAUUUUCAACGGGUCAGUGGAAAUUAACACGAAAAUAAAAAACUCGACCAACUUUAUCAUACUCCACAGUAAUCUGCUCAAUAUAAGUAGCCGAGCGGUGCACGUGACGACUAGAGACAGAAACGGAGUAAAAACUCACAUCAACAUCCUACAACAUUUCCAUGCAGAUGAGAAUAAUUUGCUGGUGCUACAGGUGGAAAAGGCAUUGUUGGCAGGGCAGGAAUGUACGAUUUAUUUCGGGGAAUUCACCGGUCCAUUGAGCGAUGAUCUGAGAGGGUUGUACAGGAGCUUGUAUAAAACUGCAGCGGGUGAAGUAAGAUAUAUCGCCGUCUCCCAGUUACAAGCUGUUGAUGCAAGAAAAAUAUUUCCCUGCUUUGACGAGCCGGACAUGAAGGCGAAUUUUACGGUCACGAUUCAGCACACUCAAGACUAUAAAGCAAUUUCCAACAUGCCCCUCCGGGUCCAGACCACCUUGCCGGACGGGUGGAUAGAGGAUGAAUUUGAGACCACGCCCACUAUGUCCACGUAUUUACUGGCGUUCGUUGUGGCGGAUUUCACGUACAGAGAGACUCAGUUACCCAGCGGACUCAGGAUCCGUAUUUGGUCACGACCAGAUAAAUACGAACAGACCGCCUUUGCCCUAGAGUUUGCCAAGGAAGCAUACCAGUUCUUUUCUGAUUACUUCGGGAUACCGGAAGAAGUCCCAAAGGCAGACCACGUGGCAGUCCCUGACUUCAGUGCAGGAGCCAUGGAGAACUGGGGAUGUGUCCUUUACCGCGAGACGGCGCUCCUCUUCGACCCGACCGACUCUUCUGUGGCCUCCAAGUACUGGAUUGCUCUCGUCAUGGCACAUGAAGUCGCUCAUACCUGGUUUGGCAAUAUGGCGACCAUGAAGUGGUGGGAUGACCUUUGGCUUAACGAGGGGUUCGCCAGCACGCUCAUGUACUUCGUGUUAGACCACGUGUUUCCGGAUUGGAAAGUUUUUGAUUUACAAGUAGUCGAUGACAUUUUCCCCGUCAUGAUCCGGGACUCAGUCCCUACGUCACAUCCGGUUUCUUCCAGGAUUGAGGAUCCGGAUGACAUACCCCAAUUCUUUGACCACAUCUCCUACGAUAAAGGUAUGGCCGUACUGCGUUUACUGCGAGGUCUUUUAGGAUGGAAGGAUUUCCAAAAUGGAUUGCAGAGAUAUGUCAGGAAGUACAAGUUUAGAAAUGCUGAAAUGUCGGAACUGUGGAGCGUGUUCACUGAGGUGGUCAGUAAUAAAUACGACGUCGGUGAGGCGAUGGACACCUGGACGCGGCAGAUGAACUUUCCUGUGGUCACUCUGUCAAAAGUGACCGGCAACACCUACCGUCUCACUCAGGAGAGAUUUUUGUUGAUGCCUGAAGAAAGCAACACAACCAGCACCAACCCAUACAAAUAUAUGUGGAACAUCCCAUUUACAUAUACAACACAGAACUAUAUCCAGGACUCGCACUUGUUGUGGCUCAAGGAAAAGUCAGUGGAUUUUGAAGUCCCGGAUCAUCACUCCGGAUUGAUGGUCGGCAACGUGAACUACACCGGAUUCUACAUGGUGAACUACGAUGACGGCAUGUGGGAGCGGCUGUUGGAACAGCUGAGGCGGGACCACACGGCUUUUUCGGCAUCUAACCGAGCAGGUUUUAUCCACGACGCUCUCGUACUGGGAAGGGCAGGUUUGCUGAACUAUGGAGUGGCGUUAAACAUCUCCUCCUACCUGAAGAGAGAGACAGAGUACGUGCCCUGGAACGCUUUCCUGCUCACUAUGGAGUAUCUCAAAGUCAUGCUCUCGAACUCAGACGCCUACGGGAUGCUUAAGACUUAUCUCCGGGAUCUGGUGUCAGAUAUUUACAAGACGCUGAACAUUGGUGCUACCACGGGAGGACCCCUGCCACAAAGGUAUCUUCGUCGAGCAAUUCUUCACGCCGCCGUGCGCCUACAGCUGCCAGAGGCGUUAGAAUACACGAGAACGCUGUACGAUCAGUUCAGGAAGUACCGCAUCAGCAUGCCCGCUGACUACGCCCUCAUCAUCUUCUCAGCCGCCAUUUACGAGGGGGGCGAGAAUGACUGGGACUUUCUUUGGAACGUGUCGCAGACGACAAACGUGCCCUCGCAAUCCUCGGAAUUAAUGCAGGCGCUCGCUUAUUCCCAGAAACCGUGGCUACUAUGGCGGUAUUUACGCUGGACAAUGGACGAAGCCAAGAUCCGCCCUCAGAACGUGAAAGAAGUUUUCAGUUACUUCAAACACACGUCGCUCGGGAGGACGAUUUCUUUGAAAUUUUUUAUGCAGCAUUGGCAACAACUAAAUGAAAGAUUCCAGUUGGACACGUUUUCUCUGCGAGAUAUCACAUAUGAAACCACACAUACAGUCAGCAAUGAGUUUGAUCUACAGAUGUUAAAAGAUUUAUAUAAGAGGUACCCUCCAGCCGGCGUGGCACAGAAGGCUGUGGAGAGCAGUAUAGCUAUUAUUGAAUCCAAUAUACGAUGGAUGAAAACAAAUGAAAAUGCCAUUCUCACCUGGCUGACAAAGUAUAUAAGUUUGAGGGGCAAAACAUAGUAUUAUUGACUUACAUACAUGUGCAUUAUGUUCCACAUGUUAUUUUGGAGAUACAGUCCAAUUAAAUGUUUUCUAGCUCCUUGAAAAUCAUUUGCGUUCAUGUGGAAGGAACUAAUGUCACGCUACAUCAGCGGCUGUCAGUCAAAUAGCUGUUGUAUUUGGUGUAUAUUUAAACAUUUAUGUUGUGACAAUGAAAUGCUCAUCUGAUAUGUAGAACAAGCUGGAACAAGCCUCAAUUAAGGUCAAGUUAACUUUUCUAUACGAUGGUAGGCAGAGAGAUGUGUACACUGUUGAAAUAUUUACGAUGAAACUUGUAAUUGGAGAUGCUUUGUAAUUUAUUCGAUGUAUAAAGGCUUCGAAGCGAGAGUUCUUGUCUUUUCAUUUACCUUGUAUUUUAAAGUCACUGACUGUGAAGUCCAAAAUAAUUGAUUUUGUUGAACACUUAAUGCGUAGGUGAUAAGAUAAUGUUUUUAGUGCGCAUCUUAAACUAUAUCAAAUAUCAUUAAUCCCACAAGUUUAAAACCUAUAAUAUUUCAUUCGCCCAUCCAAUACCAGAGUCUGUCCGUCAGUAUCAAACAAUACACACUAACCUUAAAGGGUGAUAUGUUGGCCAACAUGUUCCGGUGUUAUUGGCCAAUUACUUACUAGUGGGGCGUGUGCGUGCUGUCACGUGUAAUCAGGAGAGAAGUGGCUACCCAGAACGCCAAACCGAUGUCCUUAAAGGUGAAACCUGGGUGGUAAUAUACUGACAUUAGAUCUAGAGAUGGUGAUGUACUGCUAAGAAUGUGAGUGCGAACAACUUCAAAGUUUCAACAAGAUCAACAUUAAAGAAAAAACAUAAGAUGCAUUAGAUGCAACUCCAGCAAUAUAUAAAUAUAAAAUGCCUUGGUUAUUGUUGCUUAUUUAGUUAAUAAGCACAGUGACGUCGCCAAACAAUAACACGCUUUUCAGUAAUCACAUGCCUAUUAAUACUACUGAUCUAACUAAAUCGAUUUUUAAAAAUACAUCGAAUGUUAGCAUGAGUUCUCUUAUAGCAAAUUUACUAAUCCCAUGAAAAGAACGACACACACACACACACACACACACACACACACACACAGAGAGAGAGAGAGAGAGAGAGAGAGAGAGAGAGUAAAAGUGGAGGCGGCACCAAUGUUUUAACCUUUACAAAGAAAAUAAACGCUGCCGGACAACAAACAUUGCUGAUGUGCGGUCCGCGCGCUGUGUAAGUACAUCAGAUGAUAGAUCUGCACGCUAAAAGGUACUUUGAUAAAAUACAUACAAGUUAAUAAGGUGGAAGUACACCAUAUUCAUUAUCAGUUCAUCUCGUGACAGCUGGGGGAAAUUGAACAUUUAAUAAAAAGCUGCAGUCGAUGUAUUCUUCCAGUGAGUGGUGCUGCUCUAGAAACCAUAUUACCACAAAAACCGACCAGUAUUGUUAAUUAAAAUCGUGCGGUUUCGACGAUACCAAACAAACUCUUCUUUGCGAGUCGCAACGUAAAUAGGCAAUUAGUUUCAGGGGCAAAAUGUCAAAUGAAUUCCUGUGUUUUCGCUAAGAACUGUUGAAAUGUCUUCUGUUCUGUAAAUGGUUCGUUCACCGGGUAACAAAUUAUGGGGAAAACCCCGCAGCUGCCGAGGUUUGCGACUCAAAAAGUGUAUUAUUUUCAUACAUUGUCAACAAAUCAUAUUAAGGAACUUUCUAUAUCUACACCUAAUCUCCA